UGAGCGAGUCACUAGAAAAGGCACCGUACGCCUGAACACACUAGCCGUGCCGUGGUGCUGUGACGAACCGAGAGGUGAAGAAGGCUGAAGACGCAGAACAAUGGAGGCUGCUAGCAACAAGAUCGUCCAUAGAGACGAGAUCACGGACGACGCCUUCACCGACUCGGCGCACAUCCCGGAGAAGUACAUCCGGACCGACGAGGUCUCUGCCGGCGCCGUCGUCGGUGAAGACGAGGCCUACGAGCUUCCCGUCAUCGACAUGGCGAAGCUUCUUGACCCGGAGCUAUCGGCGUCGGAGACGGCCAAGCUUGGCUCCGCGUGCAGAGACUGGGGUUUCUUCCAGCUCACAAACCAUGGAGUUGACGAGGCAGUGAUCCAGCGCAUGAAGGAGAGCACCGUGCAGUUCUUCGGCUUGCCGCUCGACAGCAAGAACGACGUGGCAGUCCGAGGAGACGGCUUCGAAGGCUACGGCCACCACUACAGCAGGUUGUCGAAGCUGGACUGGGCAGAGAGUGUGAUCCUCAUCACCCAGCCAGUCCAGGACAGGAACAUGGAGCUCUGGCCAACUAACCCACCCAUGUUUAGGGAUGCGCUUGAGGAGUAUUCGGCGGCGGUGACGAAGCUCAUGAGGCAGCUGUUGGGUUCCAUGGCGACGGACCUCGGCGUCGGCGAGGCGGCGCUCCUGGGCGCGUUCAGCGGGAAGCGGCAGAGCAUGGCGAUCCACCACUACCCGCCGUGCCGGCACCCGGAGAAGGUGAUAGGCAACACGGCGCACACCGACGGGCUCGCCCUGACGGCGCUGCUGCACGUCGACGACACGCCGGGGCUGCAGAUGCUGCAGGGCGGGCGGUGGUUCCCUGUGCGGCCGCGGCCGGGUGCCAUGGUCGUCAACGUCGGCGACAUCCUCCACAUCCUCACCAACGGCGCGUACCGGAGCGCCGAGCACAGGGUGGUGGUGAACGCCGAGCGGGGACGGACCACCGCCGUGAUUUUCCAGGACGCCUCCGUCGGCGGGAUGGUGGCGCCGCUCCCGGAGCUGCUCGUCGAUGGAGGCGAGGCGCGGUACAGGUCCAUCCCGAGGUUUGAGUACCUCAAGGUUAGGUUCAGUGCCCUGGCCCAGAGGAAAGGGUUCCUCGAGAGCCUCAAGCUGUAGCGUCCAUCCAUGAAUAAUCCUCAUGGAUAAACUUGUCUUUUUAGCCAAUAAACAAGUUUAUGGCAGCAGCAGCGCGUGCUCCGACGCGAGGCGACGACGCCCGGGGCGCGUUGCGCGAGCCGCUGCCUGUAAGAGUUCGAAUGUAAUCGAAACAGAAAAUCUGGUGAGAUGUCUUUGGCCGAGCAGUUGGUUGGUUAAGCUGUUGUACAGAUAUAUGUUUGUAGAUUGGUUUGGCUAAAGAUAGCUCCUAGAGGUCUUAUCUAUAUCU